ACACCAAGACCACUGUAUAUUAAUUAAAUGUGAUAGUUAUACUCAAUCACUGCAUAGACAAUAACUGAAGAGAGGGCAUUAUAGUGCAUAGUUAAGGAAAAAUGGUGCCUCCCUUGCACGCAGUAAUUGUGGCCUGCCCUGCACAAGGCCAUUUCAAUCCAAUAAUGAAUCUUGCACAGCUGCUGGCCAUGCGAGGAUUUUUCAUAACCUUUGUUACUACUGAAUGGAUGGAUCAGCGGCUUUUAAAAGCCGCUUCCAAAGAUGCAGCAGCACGUGACCGUGAGAUUCAAGAAAGGGGCUUCAAAUUUCGGUUUAUAGCUAUCCCAGAUGGCUUACCGCCGGAACAUGGCCGAACUUCUGAGCCUGGCGAGCUUUGGCUUGCGCUGCAAACUUUGGGCCCUGCUUUGGAAAGUGUGUUGACUGUAACAGAUAAAUCCGUACCGCCAAUCACAUGCAUUAUUUCAGAUAGCUUUUUAUCCUGCACAGUAGAGGUUGCUAAAAAUCUUGGGGUGCCCAGAGUUAUCUUCUGGACUACCUGUACUGCAUAUGCCAUUAUUCAGAAAAACGCUAACUUUCUUCUUUCUCUGGGUCAUAUCCCUGUCAAAGAGAUGGAAUCCGAUUGGAUAGUUGAUCCUGGAGUUGGGUGCUUUUAUGUUAUUGACAAACAGGCUGAAGUUUCAGAUGAUGAGGCUGAAUCAGAUGAUGAAGCCGAAUCAGUCAUCGAAAAAUUUCUUGGCAGUCUAGACUCAGUAGAGAGUGAUGUCCAAGUGAAGGUUGAAACCAAAUGUCAUUGGUGGGAUGGUUGGAAAUCGGAGGAGACUUCGGCUGAAGAAGAAGAGGGUUUGUUGUAUUCGUUGUUUGAAGAAGAGACUAGUUUGUUUCCUUUCCAAGAUGAGAAGGAUGCCUCCCGGGGUGAGGAGGAUGUAGUUUCGAAUCUAGAGAAUGAGGAUGACCUUGAAGAAGAACAAGUAGAUUGCAGAAGUGAUGAUUUAUUGUUGCAGAUUGCAGAAGUGGAGGCAGAAUGGAAUGCAUUGAUUGCACGCUUCUCUUCCAGACCUUCGAACCUUGUAAUUGAAACUUCAGAAGGUGCUAAGGAUAGUGUAGAGUUGGCAAAGGUGGAUGGAAUUCCAAACGAAGAUAUUCUAUUACGGGGGAUCACAAGAGAAAGAGACUUUGGUGGAGGAGUGUAUUAUGCAUCUACAAAUAGUAGUGUUCCUGAUUAUGGAUUACCGGAAAAAGUAGUUAAAGAAUAUGUUUUUAACUCUGAUCUGACUUGGAGAAGAUUAAUUCGCACUGUUCAUGAACAGAGUUUGGCGAUAUUAAAAUCUUCUCAAGAGCUGGUUGUAGUAUGAGCCUUGGAAUGGAGAUGCAGGGAAGGUUACAGGCUGUGCCGAUUGGACUUCACGGGAGAGAUUGUUGGGUAUAUGAAGCCCAACAGUCACAUGGCUGUUUGUCUGUGACUGUUGGUCUUCCCCAGAAGACUCUUCAUUUCAUAUUUGAUAUGUUUAUAUAAAUGGCUGUGUGCAGCCCAUACAAAGUGUACUGUGUAUUUGCAUAUUCAUUAAUAGAAGAAUUCCCUGCGUUUUUGGUGGACGUAGCUACUUAGUGGUGAACCACAUUAAUCUUGUGCCUUGAGUUCUUUGUUGUGUCUAUUAUUCUUUCUGCUGGUUUCUGUUCAUUAUUAUGUGUUUUCUAUGCUUGUUUUUAAACUAACAGAAAGAGGGGUCAAUAGUUGGAUGGGGUUCAUGGUAUUUGUGGUUAUAAAUUUAUUUUAGUAAUAUCAUCAUAUUACUAAUGCCCUGUGUUGCUCUGUUUGCCUGUAUUAAUUAUUUCAUUCUUGUUUCUUGUUCUACUUGUUUCUUUUGGUUCGUCCAGUCACAUUAAACUUAUUUGAGUUGGUUUUGUUUCUCGUAUAAUCUUUGAGAUACAAUUACUUGUUCCAUUAAUGUCUUCUCACAUGAU